AUGCAGAGGUCCAAGUGGCUCUAUCACCUCUCCCUCGCAUGUCUCACCUGCCCCGGGCUGGACUCCAGCCACCUGGACACGCAGGUAACCAAGCCCCAGCCCUUCCCUGAGCCUGUCAGCACUGUGCCGUGUGACCCUGCUCGGCAGGCAGCAUCUGUGGAAGACCACCGCCAAGGAGAGUGCCCGCAGGAAGAGGCUUUGCCUCUCUCCCCAGCGCUCCUGACAGUGCAGGAAUGCAUGGUGGUCCCACUAGACGACGCAGGCGCGCAGCCGCCUUGCGUUCCGAGUAUUGCUGCCGGCGCCGGAGCAAGGGAAAAGGGGGAUCUCGAGCCCUCUGCGCUGCUGACGGUGCCACAGGAAGUUCGGCUGGAGCUGGAGGUCAUUGAUGUGGGGCAGCUGGCCACCGUCUCGCCCUCGACCGCCUCGGUUCCCACGGCCUCGUGCGAGAAGCCCCCUGACAUCGACGUCAAGGUUUCGCUGGCUAGCGCCUCAGCACCUCCUGACGCGGGGCAGCUGCCUCCUGCCUCUCCCUUGCUCGCCUCGGUUCCCACGGCCUCGCACAAGAAGCCUCCUGACAUCGACGUCAAGGCUUCGCUGGGUAGCGCCUCAGCACCUGACGCGAGGCAGCUGCCUACCUCCUCUCCUUCGUCCGCCUCGGCUCUCAUGGCCUCGCGCAAGAAGCCUCCUGACAUCGACGUCAAGGCUUCCCUGGGUAGCGCCGCAUCACCUCCCAGAAGAAAAGACUCCCGCACCGCCAAGCUGUCUCGCCUUCGCCUCGGUUUAGGUGACAACUCAGACGUCAACAUAAUGAUGAAGAACACACUAGAGAACAGUUCAGCACCUGUUUUGAGCAUGGGCGCCCCCUACUGGUCACUCAGAAAUGGACUUAUCCCCAUGGCGGCCGCUUAA